AUGGCUGCCGCAGCCAUACUGUCGAAGCUGACAGAGCUGCGAAAGGUCGAUAGCGUCUCGAAGCGAUGCCAGGUGAUGGGCAAAAUGAUCAAGGACUCCCUGGAGGGUCCCGAGGGACAGACUGCGCUGUUCAACUGCUUGCCGCAGCUGCUGGGCGAUAUCUUUGGCCUAGAGUCGCGUGGAGCCCAGUCGGCGUCGCUCUCGUGGGUCGCAUCGUGCAAGAACGACCGCGAUGUCCGCGCUCUUGUCGCCUUUCUCUCGCCGGACACGCCCCUCUUCUCUACCAUCCUGUGGGCUUCGAUCUCGCGGGCGUACAACGCGGUCUCUGAGAUGAUUUUCCCCAUCCAGUACCUGCCCGAGGCGUCGCGGGUGCUGCUGACCUCGCGCGAUCGGUCUGUCCGCCUCCCGCCGCUCUACCGCGACCGCAAGAUCACUCACGACAGGACCGCCAUCGAGAUCUCGGUGCUAGAGUACUUUUUCUUUUGCUUUGCCUACUUUGCCACGUCGUCGUCGACCUCGUUUGUCUCGUCGGCGACGCCGAUCAGCUUUAUGGGCAUUUCCACCAAGCACAAGUCGGCAGCAAAGACGCGGCGCGACGUCUUCCGCUCGCUCUCCAAAGUCUACAUCCGCUCGUUCAUCCAAGUGGCACGGCCUUCCGGCACCACGCCGCCGUUUGCGCUCGACGCCUUUGUCGCCAAGGUCCUCCACGGCGCGGCCGGUCCAGUCUCGGCGUCGUCGGUGGCAGCGUCGGGCCUCGGGCUCAGCGGCACGGGCGACAAGGAGGUCCAGGCUGUUGUCCGCAAGAUCUCCGAAACGACGCUGCUCAUCUUCAAUGACUUUUGGCUCUGCCGCAACCGGUAUGAGAGCGGACGCAAGCCGCUCAACUACACUAUUCCGUCGUUCGAGUCGGCCCUCUCGCUCAAGGUCCUUGUCGAGCAUCUGGCCGGCGACCUCGACCUUGCCGCCGCACUGCAGCUCGGCACCGAGGCCGGGCUUGGAAGCAUUGCCGCCAGACGCAGUAUGAUUGGCUCGCCGUCGGCCUCGGCCUCGUUCUCGGCCUCUUCGUCGCCGUUUCGGUCCAGCUCAUCGUUUGUCGGCUACCGCCCGGCCACUCCGCCGCUGUUUGUCAUCCAGCCGCCUCUGUACCGGUUCCUCCGACACGGGUUUGCCAUCGAGACCUCGACCGGGGCCUCGUUGCGCAACUUUGUCGACAUCUGGCUGGUCUACAUCCAGCCGUGGCGCCGGCACAAGUCCGGCGAGCUUGCGGAUCUUACGACCUGGCGCCCGUACGUCGGCAACAGCCUCCUGUUCUACGUCACGCUCUUCCGCGCCGCCCUUGAGCGACUUGUUGGCUCGUCGUUCUCUUCGAUUUCCAAGUCGAGCAGUGAGCCGCGCAACAUCCUCGCGGCGCUCCUCGCUCCGUUUGCGCCAGAUGCGUCCGGCGUCUCACCGCUCGGCCAGAUCGUAGCCUCGCUCGAGCAGUCCGCCGCCUCGGACAACUACAUCCGCUCGCACAUCCACCUUGUCGAGGGCGGGCCUGUCCGGCCGCCGGCCGUCUUUAUUCGGUCGCGAUCGAUGAAGGUCGUGGUGGCGCAACUCAUCUUUGCCGUCCGCGCCGCCCGCCACGAGCUCACGGGCCACGCGCCGCAGGCCUCGCCCGCGGCCUCGUCGUUUGGCAGCAGCGUCUUGGUUCGGUUCGGCGGGCACAGUGGAAAGUCCAAUCCUGCGGCGCAGACGCCGAGCUCGGUCGCUACCGAUCUGGCUGGCCUCGAGGCGGCGCUCUUUGCCAUCUUUGCCGUCCACGACCUCGACGACCUGCGCGAGACCGAGUUGUCUGUGAGCCGCGGCGCCGCCGUCGCCACUGACGCCAUCCACGAGUCCGACAACUCGCUGCGGCUGACCCGUGCCGGGCGGCAACAGGUCCGCUCCGGCGCGAUCAAGUGCUCCUCGCUCGACGACGUGCCGGUUCUGGGUGACCCGGACCUUGUGCGCAUCACAUCGACUGAGUUUGGAUUCCUCGUCCGCGCAACCUUUGCCGCUGCUGCCGCGCUCAACGCGCACUUUGGUCUUCCGGCGCCGGCCGACUCUGUGCCGCUGGUGGCACGGGUCGGCCUCGCCAUCGACGCUGCCGGCGACACGCUCUUUAGCGUCCACGGCGACACGGCAUCACUUGCGGCCGCGCCGUCGCCCAACCGCAAGUUCCGCCUCCGCUGGCUUGCGGCCAAGCCGACGUGGGCCACCUUUGCCGUGCUCGCGUUCUUGGUUUACAUUGUCAAGCGGGUCUUGUUUGGCUGAGCCGGCAACGCUCAUACCUUGGCGAGCUUGCGCUGGUACCGCGGGAGGCUCGCCCGGCGCUCCUCCAUCGAGAGCGACUCGUCUGCGUAAAGAAGAAC